AUAGCUAAUUAAAUCCCUUUCUACUAGCAGAGGAAGCAUUAUAUGCUGAGGUAAUGCCGCGAUAAGAAAUCUAUUGGUACGCAUUAAAGCAAUUAUCUGGUUUGGUGCCUUAUAAACCACAUUCCUGGGCUACCUCCCUUCAGAAGCGAAUCAACAACCACCAUGUUCAAGGUGCUUAUAACUCUGUUCCUGCUCUUUUCUGCGGAGCCCACAAGGGGCACUUAUAACAUAACCCUGCUAAAGUCGAUUCUGAGCAGCUUGGCCAGUUGCCCGGAGCAAAUGCAGUGGACCAACACACCCAUCUUCAUGGGACACCACACGAAAAGCUUUGAAAUGAACAGCCUCAUUUCCUGGCUACAUCAGGACCUGGGCGUUACGAGUCUAGCCAUGGAUGCAGUCCUCCAACCCGAACAGCAGAGAUCUCUGGGUCACUUCAAUGUGACCAGGGACAAUGCCAUUAGCUUGUUCUUUUGCCACGGCAGCCAGGACAUUUUGUGGUAUUCCCUGGACGUGAGUCUGCGCAAGUUGCGCCGCAGUCGCCUAAUAGUUCUGCUGCGUUCCCAGCGCAGCGGCUCCCACAAGGCUUUGUAUAACAUAUUCAAGAGGCUUUGGAGUCUACAGUUCCUGAACGUGUUGGUCCUGCACAAGGAUAACAUUUACUCUUACACCCCUUAUCCAAGGAUAAGCUUCUUCAAGCUAAACAUCACCAGAGAACCGCUCUUUUCACCUGCCGCAAGAGACUUUCAGGGCUAUGUGGUAUCCACGCCCGUGGAAAAUGAUAUUCCGCGUGUGUUCCUGGUGCACAAUCCUCUUACGGGUCGUAGGGAGAUGCGUGGCUAUGCCUAUCGCACAUUUGUGGAGUAUUUGAGGCACCACAAUGCCUCGCUACAUGUGACCAAUCCCAGCCAGGAUCUAAGCCCCACAAACAGCGUGAAUAUGAGCCGCAUUAUGCAGCUCAUUAUGGAUGGCCAACUGGAGAUAUCCGUGCAUCCCUACAUCAAAGCCCCCGAGGAUUGGAGCGACAAGAGCUAUCCCCUGGUCGUCUCUCCCAAUUGCCUGAUUGUUCCAGUGAGAAAUGAGAUACCGCGACACAUGUACCUGCUAAGACCCCUCAGCCGCUGUGGAUGGUACCUCCUCUUGGGAGGAUUGAUCUACAUAAGCGCCGUGCUAUAUUGCCUGAGUUCUGAGGGCAGCAGCUGGGAGCAGCGCUUGGGCUUGAGCUUCCUGGAGUCUGUCAGCCGCCUCCUCUUCAUCAGCUCACCCACUAGGACAUACAGGCCUUCCUUGCGCUACUUUCUGGUCUCCCUGCAGCUGACCAUCUUCGGAUUCAUCCUCACUAGUUGGUACAACAUCCAGUUGGACAGCUUCCUCACAGCUCUGCUGGUGGGCGAGCAGGUGGACAGCAUGGAGGAGCUGGUGCAGCAGCAGCAAAAAGUGCUGGUCAAGGAGUACGAAGUGAGUACUUUGCUGAGACAUGUAGAGCCCCGCAUGGUGGACAAGGUUUCUAGGCUUUUGGUGGGCGUCAAUGCCAGCGAACAGGUCUCUGCCCUGCUAAGUUUCAAUCGCAGCUACGCUUAUCCUUUUACCCUGGAACGCUGGCAGUUCUUUGCCUUGCAGCAGCAGUACGCCUUCAAGCCCAUCUUUCGCUUCUCCGAUGCCUGCCUGGGAUCCCCGCUCAUCAGCUUUCCCAUGCGGAGUGACUGCCACCUGGAGGCCACCAUCAACAUGUUCAUCCUGAAGAUUCAGGAUGCGGGUUUGUUGCACCACUGGCUGAUCUCGGACUUCAACGACGCCCUGCGCGCAGGCUAUGUGCGUUUGCUGGGCAAUGACCUGGGUUUCCAGGCCAUUGAUGUCAACACCUUGCGGCUAGGUUGGUUUGUGCUAGGCUUUGGCUGGCUGUUUUCAUCCCUAACUUUUGCCUGCGAGUACUGGCACCUCUACUCCCUUCACUUUCGAUAAUA